AUUCAGAAGUUGUCUAUAGGGGUUCAAAGUAACAAACAACAAACUUAGAGGGAUCCAUUAAUAAUAAACACUUCUUCAAUUUUGAAGCUUUCUUUCUCCUUUCUUGCCAUCAGCCGGCGUUUGGGAUUUUUCAGGUAUUGACUUUUGCUAAAACAAACAUCACAAUUGAUGAACUUGAAACAAUCUUCCAUUUCUCCUUAAUCUCAUCAAAAUCCUUUAAAAAAAAUCCAAAAUUGUCUCAUUUUGAGAUGUCAUUAGCUACCCAUUUUUCAGCAUUUGUUAUCCUUUUUACACUUGGUAUUCAUCGUCUUCUUUGCUGCAUCUGCAAUUACCUCAAAAACCCAUCACUCUAUAGAUCAAAAACAUGGUAUUUCUCAGAAGUCAGAUGGAAAAAUCUUGAUUUAUACUCCCUUUUAAUCAUUUUACCUAUUGCCUCUUUCUCUCAUAUAUUUCUGUUCUUAGCUUUCUCAGGGAACAAUGUAGUGUAUAAGUUCUCAUUCUUACAGCAAUCUGUAGUCAUUUUCUUCUUCUGGGUGUUUAUGAUUCUUAUUGUUGUUAAAGAAAGUUUUGAUCUUUAUGCAAUUCUUGAUAGUUUGGUUUACAGUUUUGCUGGUGUUUGUUUUGCUGUUGAAUUCUUGAUGAAUGGGAAAGGACUUGUUGGUGUUAGUGGUGGUAUGUAUGGACAUUUGGGGGAGUUGGCAUUUGUUUGUGGUGGUUGUUGCUUGUGUCUAGCAGUAAAGCCAUCUUUGUUUUUUGUGGAGUUUUUGUUUUCCUGUGUACUUGUGUUGAAAGGGACUUGGGUUUUGCAAGUUGGGUUGUCAUUAUAUACUGAUAUGUUUUCAUUAGAUGGAUGUGAGAAUCUUUUGGUGGGUUUAUCGAACGGGAAAAAUGAUGUUAAAUGUGAUCUUGAUGAGAAUAAGUUGAGGGGAACAGCAUUGAUACAUCUAUUGUUUAUAGUGCAUGUUAUUGUGGUGAUAGUCAUGAGUUUUGGGUUGUUUGCGUUCUUGAAUCGGGAUAAGAGAAUGAGAUGUGGCGAUACAAGUGGACCGUUGCUAGCUCAGGUUGAAUCAGAGGGUGUGUUGAUGCGUCCGCUUCCUGAAUUAGAGUUAGAAUGAGAAACUUUGGAUGUUCUUCGAUAGAGAAGCAUUUGAAAAAAACUGCAGAAGUGGUUUACUUGUAAGUUUUGAAUUUACAGAUUUUUUUUUUAUACUAUAUAGGAAAUUCUAGCCUUUUGUUUUUCUUGAUCUUCUGUCUUUUCCAAUGUACCUUAGCGUUGAAUGAAAGGAGAGUUUCUACUAUUCAUUAUAUUAUAA